CGCUCCCUUCCCGAGGCGGAAUCCAGUCCCGGGCUUUCCCCAGUCCCCUGGCUCCGCUCCCAGGGAGUCCGGCUCCGGUUUCCCCUUCCUUCACUUUGUCCCUGGCUCCGCUCCCAGCUCGCUCCGCUUCCGGACUUUCCAUCCUGCCCCCUCCCUUGGCCGGCGCCUGGGAAAGCAACGGGGCACUCCUGGGUCCCUGCCCUGCAGCCCAGCAGCAGCAGCCCAUGGGGUCCUGCCCUCCAGCACCCAGCUGCCCUCGGGCGUGAGGGGAGGGGGUCCGGAUGUUCCCCCGCUCUCUUCGCCACCUGCUGGACGGGGGAGGCGACGCCGGUGUGACCCUCAGCGCUUUCCGGAGCAGGACCCCCGAGUCGGAGCGCGGAGGACCCCCACCUCCUGAGCAGCCCCCAGUGACCUUGUGGGAGGAGAAGGAGGAAGGCGCCAUCUACACCGUCAGCUCUCGUCUGCCAGGGGGCGCCAACAAAGCCAGCCUGUUCUCUGGGGGCGAGGACCCGCCAAGCGCCUCUGGUCACCCGGGGGCUGCUGAUGCCUCGGCGCUGGGGGUGUCGGGGUCCCCGGCCGGCCGCUCUCGGGUGUUGAAGGCUGGAUUGCUGCCCCGCCUGGUCAGGCACCUUCUGGAAGCCCCUUCCCUCGGGGACACCUGCUACGUGCCGGCCUUCCUGGCCACCUACCGGACGUUCGCCACGACCGGCCUGGUCCUGGGGCUGCUGCUUGAGAGGCUGCAGGCGGUUGUGGGUUCAAGUUCAGACGCUACCCCGGAAACAGCAGACCUUCAGCGGGCCCUGGGGUCUCUGCUGUGCUCCUGGCUGGACGGGUACCCGGAGGACUUUUUGGGGUUGGACGCUGGCCUGAAGGAGCAGCUGCGAGCCUGGCUGCGCUGGGCGCUGGGUAGCGGAUCGGACCCCGAGAAGACCCUCCUGGCAGCCGGCCAAGAGGGAGCCUUCAAGGGCCAGGAGGACCCCCGGGAGGACGAGGGCGUCACGGACGAAGGGCCCCCAGACCCCCACUACAUCCUGGGGCUCCAGGCGGAAGACGUGGCUGCUCAUCUCACCGCGCAGGAUGCUGAGCUCUUCCUGCGCCUGGUGCCCCACGAGUGCCAGGGCCAGUUGUGGUCGCAGCGGGACAAGAGAGGCCACGAGGGGGCCUGCCCCUCCGUCCGCGCCACCGUGGCCCAGUUCAACCGCGUGGCCAACGCUGUCGUCUCCUCCUGCCUGGGCGACACGGAGCUGCGGGCGGCGCAGAGGGCGCGGCUGCUGGAGAAGUGGAUCCGCGUGGCAGAGGAGUGUUUUCUCCUCCGCAACUUCUCCUCCCUCUAUGCCGUCGUCUCUGCCCUGAAGUCGACCCCUUUGCAUCGCCUCAAGAGGACCUGGGAGGAGACAUCCAGGGACUCCCUCCGCUGCUAUGAGGAGCUGAGCGCUGUCUGCUCAGAGGAGGACAACUACAGCCAGAGCCGGAGGCUCCUCUUCCAGGAUGGCUACCCUCGAGGGGCUGGGGCAGACCCGAUCCAGCGCAGGCAGCAGCGGAGAUCUUUGGAGCAUCGCCCUGUGGGCGUGGUCCCCUACCUGGGCACUUUCCUCAAGGACUUGGUGAUGCUGGACGCAGCGACACGGAACAGGCUGCAGAAUGGUUACAUCAACUUUGAGAAGCACCGCAAGGAAUUCGAGAUCCUCACCCAGCUGCGACUCCUGCAGGCCAACUGCCGCAACUAUGCCCUGAGCCCUGACCGGCACCUCCAGCGAUGGCUGCAGCGCUUGCCCCGACUCAGCGAGGGCCAGAGCUACCAGCUCUCCUGCACGAUCGAGCCGCCUGCGGAAGCAGCGACCCCUGGCCGCCCCGUGAAGCCCACCCUGGUGAUCACCCACUGCGCAGACCUGGCCACCUCGAUUGGGAUGAGCACCCUUGUCUCCUGGGACACGCCCAGCUCCCCACAAGCCCCGCCAGACCUCCUGCUGCCUCCACCUGCUUCCCCCACCCCCCAUGGGCAACCGCACCAGACCCAGCGUAUGAAGUGGCCCUCCGUCUCCUCGCUGGACACGGCCCCGGAGAACUCCUCUCCCUCCUCCCCGGAGGGCUUGGCCCCACCCCCUGCCAUGGGGGGCACCUUCGUCCGUGGCCACCGGCGCUCGGCAUCCUGUGGGUCGGCCUACCCCACGGCCCCCGCCCCGGACAGCGGACUCCCCUCGGACUGCCGCAUCAUCCGCGUCAGCAUGGCUCUGCACAACGGCACCCUCUACAAGAGCAUCUUGGUCACGAGCCAAGACAAGGCGCCGGUUGUGAUCGCGAAGGCGCUGGAGAAGCACAACCAGGAUCGGGUCCUGGCCCCCAACUACGAACUGGUGCAGCUCCUGCCGGAAGGCCGAGAGCUGGCCUUCCCGACCACGGCAAACGUCUUCUACGCGAUGAGCAGCACCUGCCUGGACUUCAUGCUGCGACCCAAGCGCCCGCGGGAGAAGCCGCCCCCUCCGCCGCCCCCGCCCAAGCCGCCCAAGGGGGUGGAGAUCAGCGCCACCUUCCCGAAGAUUAAGGCCACCGGGCGGAAGAUAGCCAGGGCCCUCUUUUGAGUUGGGCGGCAGGAGGACAGAGCGGUGCCUCGGUUUCCGCUCGCUCAGGGCUGGCAGCCCACGCUGCCCUUGAGACUGUGGACAGCACAGGGUUGCCAGAGGGCAACGCGGUGUCAGAAGUGGCAAAAUGUUGGCAGAGCUGCGUUGGCAGGCCUGGCUGGCGGAGAACCCUAGUUUUCCAGAGUCUUUGAGGAACUCAAUGUCCUUAACUGCUUGGACCCGGGGAAAGGGAAACCAGAGCGCAGGACCCGAUCCGACGGAUGCAAACGACGAGAAAGGAGAUUCCGGCUAAACGUUAUGAAGAACGUCCCGUUUGAUGGUGGAACCGGAGGUGGCAGAGUCUCCUUCAU